CCUCUGAUAGAAUAUUGAGCAAUCUCGACUGGAUACAAUGAUGGAGAACGUGAACAUAUAUUUUAAAUGCAAUGGUCGCAUGUAUAGCUUGAUGAUGAAUACAUCAGGGGGAAAAAUAACUCUCUGCAUGUUAGAAGGUAGGAUAUGCACGAAGCUUGGAUUAGAUGAAAGUAAGGUUAAAUUGCAAAUGAAGUACAAUGCAGUGCUGUUGGGACCAAUUGAAGAGAUUUACAUUACUGAUGAUGAUGAUGUAGGUGUCUAUAUAUCUUCAGGUGAAAAUAACCGUAGAUAUGUUUUAAAUGUGGACGUCAUCACUCCACCAGAAUUGCCCGAGCAACUGUCGAGAGUGGAGCUCCUCAAUAAAAGUUCUGUUGGUAAGAACUAUGCGGAAUUUGAUUCAAAUGAGGAUGAAAUGAGAGAUAGUGCUGCCAUCGUUUUGUGCGAAUGCGAGGAACAAGGAACAGAACCAAAUGAGGCAAUAAUGGAGGUUGAUGAUACUCAAGAUCCUGAGAUUGGAUCACGUGAUGAAUCUAUGGAUAGAUGUGAUGAUAGGGGUGAUGAAUACGUUGAGCCACCGCCUGUUGUAGAAGCUGGUCAGUUUAAAAAAGAAUGGGAAGACGGUAUUGGACUGAUUUUACGACAAGAAUUUCCAAGCAAGGCGGCAUUGCAGGAAGUGGUGGACAAAGGUGCAUUUGCUAACAGUUUUGGUUAUGUUAUUAAAAAGUCUGAUAAGGAGCGGACUAUUUAUUUAGUCCCGGAUAAGUCACAGUGGGAUAUCCCAGAUGAGAUCAAAGCGUUGAAGGUAUUACCUCUGCCUCGAAAAAAGAAGAAGGAUAGAACAAAAGUGUUGAGGCUUCCAUCCACCGGGGAAAGGCAUCCAAAACGUCAAAGGACUCAAAACAAAAGGAGGCCGAGGCAAUCGCUGCAAUGGUUGUUAUUUGGCAACCAUAGUAUUUGAUUUUAUCUGAACUUUAUGAUUUGUAAACCAUAUUUGCGUUGUACAACUAUGUAACACUAGAUUUGUCUCCUGUAAUACUAUGUUUUAA